AUGGGAGCAGUGCGGCAUGGCAACUGGCGAAUGGACUGGGGAGACGCUGCGCUAGCCGAUCACGCAAUCGACCCUGAUGUCGACAAAAUUCAUUGUUUUCUGCGGGGCGAAAUUUCUCAGUGGGCACAGGCUCACAACGCCCCCCCAAGCACGCCAGCAACAGCAGGCGCAACCCGCCAUCCAGCUGCUCUUGCCUGA